AUGGCUUCUACAACAGACAUCGACAGCUCGGAAGAUGUCAAUGACUUUCUUCUGCGCAUUCGGGAACUAGGAGAGAAGCGCGAUAAGGAGGAUGAGGAACGCACGAAAAAGUUGGAGGAGGAGAUUCUGCAGGGACGCAAAGAGAGACAGGCCCGAAGAGCUGAGCGGGCGCGAUCGAUUUCUCCCACAAAAGAUUCCCCCAUUCUUGAUGCGGCUCGGUUGAGCAUAUCCUCGACUCUCAGCCACCGUGCGAUCGAACCUCCCGAACAAUUUGGACCAUCUCUCCAUACCCCGAGUCGGGACUCGGACAGCAGACCCGAAUCCAUCGGGGAUGACACAUCAACCACGGACGGCGGCCGGAGAGGAUCCACAAUGACCGGAGCCGAUGGCGAGAUACCAUCUAAACCCUUCUCACCUUUACGGAGUAGAACGGGGACUCUGUCCUGGCAGCAAAGGCCAACAUCCCGUGAUAGCAACAGACAAUUUUUUUCAUCAUCUCCUUCCAGGUGGCGAGCCUUGUCCACAGCUUCGACGGAUGAGCAGAAUGUGAAUCGGAACUCAUUCGCAGCCUCACCCACAUUCAAGGAUGUUUCGUGGGCGCGCCAGACAGAAGGAAGCGUUUCCCCAACCCGCAGCAAACAUGUGGAGGACGAGAGACCACGGACACCGGUUUCCGAAGCCAAUUUCAAGCACCAAGAAGCCGAAAAGGAAUCCACCCCAGAACCUAGAAAGGACACUGAUCACAUAGAGAGCGUUGAGGGACGAUCUCGAUCGCCAUCAAGAGCCAGUUCGACCUUUGCAGAAAGUAGUUUGGGCCACCGAUACUCAAGCGUCUCUUCUGUCUCUACCGCGACAGGACUCGGCUCUCCGCUGCCUCUGUUAAGCGCGCAGAAGCUGGAGCCCCGUAAGCCCGAAGAGGUCUUAGAGGAUCAGAUGUCUCUUCCUCCUUCUCCAAGGCGACUUUCUCCGGAACGGUCGACGUCACCGACAAAGGGUCUCGGCGGGUUUGUGCAGAGCGCCAUGAUGAAGCGAUCCGAUAGUGUGUCGAAAAGAUGGAGUGCCCAGCUUCCAUCGGGUCUAAGCCGGCCAAGUUCGGUUGCCAGCAGCCGUAACAGCUUCGUCGGGAAUGAGACCUUUUCAAACUCGCCAUCAUAUCGAUUGAGCCGCGAAGUUCCAAGUCUUUCAUCUCAGCGGCCGACUUCCAGCCAUCGGCCUACAUCGAGUCACCGGCCUGGUUCGAGCCAUAGCGAGGCAACUAUCAUAGACCCUGCCAGAGACGGUGGACGACCGGCAACCCCGCCAAUUCCCAUUCCCGAGAAACACGAGAGCAAUGCACUGAGUGACGAGGGGGCCGCUAGGCCCCCUCUCAGCCUUCACACGCGGUCGGCUAGCUCUGUUGAAAAGGGCCCAGACUCAAGUUCUUUGCCUUCUUCAAGUCCAGUAGUUUCCAGGACCAUGGAUCCUAGGAGAUGGAGUCCUACCAAAGCCAGCUGGUUGGAAAGUGCCUUGAAUCGCCCUCCUGACUCGCCGAAGCACAAGAGGCAACAGUCCUUUCAACAACCGUCAUGGGUUAGGGAGAGGCAGUUGCGGAGCAGUGUUGAUCUGGGACGGACUUCCAGCUUUAAGGAAGUUACGCCCGUGGGGCUCAUGCGAACGGCUGCUCCGGGCACUCACUCCAAAUCAUCAAGCGUGUCUGGGAUUCCAAACCUCUUCGCUGGACCUGAUACGGGCAAGGCCAAACCAGAUGAUUUCACCACCAAUCUGUCCUCUACUUUGAAAGAGCCCGGCCUUGAUUUCAUUCCUCAUGGGAACAUUCCAGAGGCCGAGCCAAAAGACAGCGAGCCGGCUGAACCUAAACAUGACCAUGCAACAUUCGAACCGCCUGAUGAUUUCCCCGCUAAUGAUCAUGCAUUGAGAUUGUCGAAUCGAAGCCCGAUUACCAAGACCGUAAUCGACAUGCCUCUUCCAUCUCCAACUCGCGACCCGCUUUUGAACAGGCCCAAGCCACAACCAGCUGUGAUCGAUUUCCGAGCCAACCUCCGACGCCGCGAAAUUGUCAAAGAUGAAGCGCCUAAAGAGGAGCCAGAAUUCAAGAACGUUUUCGGAAAGCUAAAGAGGGCGGGGGCAUCGACCUAUGUACCCCCCGAUGAUUUGAAAGAGAAUAUCCUAAAAGGCAAGGCGGCGCUCAGUACGACGAACGGUCCUCAGAAAUCGCCAAAGAUUGACGACUUGAAAGAAAGCAUACUCAAACAGAAGGAAGCAAUCAAAGUUAAUGGGGGCUCAACUAGGCGAAACACUGCCGGAGAAAUGGACGCUCCCAUGAAAUUCGUCCCAGAAGCGAUUGCAAAGAGGAACAACUUGACCAAGUCUAUCAGUUCUAGAAGCAAUCUAUCCACCACUGACGCGCCAUCUCCACGCUCGCCACUUUCGCCGCUAUCACCUUAUGAGCCGCCUAUGUCUCUAGAACCCCAGGCUCUGAACCUUUCUCCUAUUCGGCCGGAUACCAAUUUUAGCAACGAAGUGACUCACGAUCUUGAAGACACCGUCGGACUAUCUGAGACCUCGAAGGCUAGCUUUGACGUACAUCAACUUGGAACAGAGAGCGAAGCAGCUGAAAAGGAGGUCAAUUACAACAAAGUGGAAUCUCCCCUGCACGUCGAAGCGGAUCUGCCGACUCCAGAAGUACGGUCGUCGGUGCGUUCUCUGUCUCCGGUGGAACUGGACCAGACUCCACAUGCGCCUGCUGCGGCUGAGAGUACCGCUGCUAAAAGUAAACUUGCAGGCCGAAUCAAUCCUGCCUUAGCAGGACUUCUGUCUCGCGGGCCGCCAACCACUGGCAGCGGCCCUGCCACGGGCCUCUCCAUCACCAGCAGCCUCUCAACGGGAAGCUCAGAACAGCAGGAGCCACAAACCCCGGCCCCCCUCACGCACAUGACGAAAGGCCGGGCAAGAGGUCCAAAAAGGCGUCUGCCCAUUGGGACGCCAUUUGAAUCUAACGAAUUUGCCGUAGCGACAGAGGUUGCGGGGGAACACCCUAAAGAAGGGGUUGCAAAUGAACAAGAUAUCGAGGAGAGACUCGCAGACGAGAGAAUCAGCGCUUCACAUGUUGAACAAUCCGUGGGCGUCUCUAGUGGUUGGCCACUUCCUGACACGGAGGCCGAUUCCCAUACCUUUGUGUCCCAAGGCGCAGGAGCAACCCAGCCUGUUUCGCCAUUAUCUAUUGAGCCUAUAAAUAUCAAAAGAGUCACGCCGCAAUUGGUCGAUCAACAAUCCCUGUCGUCGCCCAAUGACCGGAGCACCGAGCCUCCAACACCACCAAUCCAGGAUUCUCCUCGCUCCGAAGAUAGCAAGAGUACUGGUCUUGUCGCCAGCUUGCGAAGCUCUCUCCUCGGGAAACCCCCUUUGCCUCCGAAAACCGCACCGUUGCCAUCCACCCCUACGAGGAACGUCCCGACUCACUUUUCGUCACCUUCCCCUUCGCCCUUGAGAACCAGUUUUAAGGAGAACCUGGGCUCAACAUCACCCGCACCGUACCAAAAGCCCGCAUCCUACUUUGCUGCUGUAGGGAUCAAAGGUGCUUCUUCUCGAGACAAAGCCCUACCUUCACCCCCGGUUCCUCCCAAGGGUUCUCGAGCCUCCGUCGAUCGAUUCUCCUCGCCACGAUCAUCAGCUUCGCUUGUCCCUUUGGCUGACGAAUCAUGGGAAGCAAUUUCCACUUUCUUCAGGCCCGUACCUAAAUCAAGUGAUCGCGUGGAUGUCGAUGCUCAGGUGCUGUUGGGAAAAGGCGGCGACGAAACGAAAAUCAGAACCCUCAAACGCCAAAUAUGGGAGAUCACAGGUGAUGGAAAGAAGCAAGAUCUUCCCGUCAAUCAAGAGUAUAUUCUGUACGAGGGAAGCAUGUACUUGUGCGUGCAUAUGUUUGAGGCAGACGGUAAUGUGCGUUCUGAGAUCCACCUCUGGUGUGGUGAUGACGUUCCCGAUGCGGCUGUCGACGAUGCCCAGCCCUUCUCUCGACGAAUGGCGAAGGAAAAUGGAUGCAAGCUCGAAAUUAUCAAGCAAGGCAAGGAGCCAGCGCGGUUCAUUCAGGCUCUAGGUGGCAUUCUCAUCACGCGUCGUGGUUCUAGCUCACGAUCCAGUUCCUCUGCUAUUUUCAUGCUAUGUGGACGGAAGCACCUAGGACAGAUGGUGUUCGAUGAAGUGAACUUCUCGCCUAGUAGCCUUUGCUCCGGCUAUCCUUUCGUGAUUUCCGCUAUGUUCGGCAAGUUGUUUCUCUGGAAAGGACUCGGCAGCUCGGCAGAAGAAAUUGGUGCCGCUCGCUUGAUUGGGAUGGAUCUUGGCCUCACGGGUGAAUUUGAGGAAGUAGGCGAAGGAGAAGAGCCAGAUAGCUUCUUUGAAGUCUUCCCGCAGUACGAAAGGACAGCAAAUGAGAAGGGCGCCAAUGACUGGCGACUGAAGCCCAAGCUUGACCGGUAUCGCACGCGACUGCUUCGUGUGGACCAUGAGCUUGGUCAGCAGCGGGCUGGAUUCUGGAUGCGUCGAGCCGGUUCACCCUCCCCAAUCACUCGUCCAAACGAUACCGUGCAAGAGGUGGAUCCAUUUUGUCAGAAGGACAUCAAUGCCAAAGGAAUUUACGUCCUUGACACCUACUUUGAGAUUUAUGUGAUUGUGGGUGAACAAGCCUCAGCCCGCGCAGCUGAAUUCGCUUCAGCGGUCUAUUUUGCGCAUGAAUACAGCAUCCUAGCGGCCUCUUUCCAGGAUCGACCAUUCAUCCCGAAGACCUUCGUCUCCCUCGGCGGAGUUCCCGAGAGCUGUAGCAGUGUAUUUCGCAAGUGGAACACGAGCUCGUGGCAAAGUAUUCCGCAAGUGCUGCCUUUGAACGCGGCAAUCGAGGCGAUUCGCAAC